AUGAAAGAUGCUUUUCAUGACCCGGAUAAAUAUAUAGUUCAAUGGCUGAACACAGCCCUAACGGAAAGUAAAAUUAGAAAACUUGAUGGAUCAAGAACGAAACAGCCAGAUUUCGUAGUAACGAUUAAAUAUCAAUCUCAGACAACAAAUGUGAUUUAUGUCGGUGAAGUAUCUGGGCCAUCAGAGAAAAACAACGUAUAUAAAAACUGUCUUGAUCUUAUUAGGAUAGGUGUAUUUAUAAAAGACUGCAUUGACUUAGCAAUUUCACGAGGAGCCAAGAUAAAAAUAUUGGGAUUUCAAUGCAUUGCAUACAAAGCGGAUUUCUAUAUUCUUGAUCUAAUAGAAGAAUUACACAUUCUAUUAAAUAUACGAAAUAUUUUCUUGGAGUCAUAUAAUGUCUUUAUUGAUAAACUUGAAAAUCCUGGCUUAACUCUGUUAGAAUUAAAAUCGUCAUUCAAAAAGGAUACGUUGGAUACUCCUGAAUUUAACAGGCUUGUUAGUAAAACUCGUUGUGUUAAAAGGGAAUGUCCAUUUUGGUUUGGAAGAUAUUAA